AUGAGAUACGAGUAUGGCUACGACGACGACGAGCCGCGGCGCUACCGCAACGUGCAGACCCGUCCUGGACGUGGACCAAACGAGCCGGACUUUGUGCGGGAAGAGACAUACAUCGAGCGCGGCAAGGGCCCCGGUCCCGGCCUUCGUGGCUCCAGUGACCUAGUCUACCGCACGCGGGAAGACAGCACCGAAGACAUUCCACGCGACUUUCCUCCCCCAGGUGGACGUGAUCGCAACUAUCGCCGCUCAACGUACAGGUCGGAGAAGAGCGACUACGAUCGCCGUUCCAAGAGCGCGGGCAGAGGGUACAACUCCGAUGACUAUUCUUCCGAAGACGAGCGUUACACCUCAUACUCUCGCUCUCGUGCUGGCACCAGGCGUCGUCAUGAUCGUGACUACGACUCUGAUUACUCCAACUCUCCUCCACGUAGCACACGAAGUGGGCCCGGUGAGCGACGCAAGUCUGGCCUGGAAGACGUGCUCGGUGGUCUUGGCCUUGGCGGCAUUGCCGGCGCUCUGGCUGGCAAGAAGAAGAACAAAGACCAAGGCGAUGACCGCAGUGUACGCUCCGGCCGCGCUCGCUCCCGCGAUGCUUCCCGCACCUCUCGCCCCCGAAGCCUCGACGACAAGCACAACAGGGAGAAGAAGUGGGCGCAAGCUGCUCAAGCUGCUCUCAUCGCUGGUGCUAUCGAGGCCUUCCGCAACCGCAAAGAACCUGGUCCAUGGAACGGCGAAAAGGGCAAACGCAUUGCCACUGCUGCUUUGGGAGCUGGUGGCAUUGACGGCAUUCUUGACCGCAACCCCAAUGAGAAGACCAAACGUCAUCUUGCUGAAGCAGUCAUCGGCGGUCUUGCCGCCAAUCGCCUCGCCAAUGGUCCCCGCUCCAAGUCUCGUGCUCGUGACCUCAGCCGCGGUCGUAGCAUCUCUCCAGAAAGCUACCCUCGCUCACGCAGCCGCAGCAUCAUCGACCGCUUCCGUGGCCGCUCGCAGUCUCGUCCUCGCAGCGACGCCGGAGCAGCCGGUGGAAGCUAUGGCGCCUGGAAACCACUGGCCGCCGGUGGAGCUCUAGCAGUGGCCGGCAAGGCGGUCUAUGAUCGGGUACGCUCGAAAUCCCGCAACAGAGGCUCACCGUCUAGGGACUCCUCCGCAGAUUCGUAUGUUCCUUCUCGCAACCGCCGUCGCAAUAAACGUCGCUCACCAGCUUCAGAUACGGGCGCUCGGAGUAUGGGCGGAGGCCAAGGUCAGAAUCGAGGCCAAGGUCAGAGUCGAGAAGUCGGGUCUCGCGGUAUUGAGAAUGGCAACAACCAGGGUAAUGCGCAAAAUAACGGCAAUGGCGGCGGUGGUGGCGGGGGAGCUGGUGCGGUGGCCAAGGGUGGAGAUGCUGCUGCCGCCGCGCAAGGUGGUGAGAAGAAGGGAUCUGGCAAUGAGAGUGAGAGUAGUAGUACUACCGACAUGGAGAACAAACGCAAGCAUAUGAAGGGGAAGGAGCUGCUCACGGCUGGACUGGCCACCGUUGCUACCAUUCACGCGGUUCACGGAGUCUAUUCCAGCAUGGCGGCACACGAGAAACGACAUCGACUGGUUGCGGAGGGCGAAAUGUCUCCUCAGGAGGCUCGCAAGAAGCAAACAAAGGCUUGGGUGCAGGAUGCUGCAGCCGUGGGUAUUGCGGCGCUGGGUAUCAAGGGUGCUUUCUCGGAAUGGAAGGAGAUGAACGAGCACAGACGCGAAAUCCACGAAAUCGAAAAGCGAAAGCGCGAGCGCCGCAAGAAACAGCAACAACUCGAACGCCAAAAAGAAGAAGAGCGACAAGAGCGCAUGUUCAAGAUGAUGGAGCAGAACCCGCAAUUCGCCAUGUACGCCAACAUGCAGCAGUCGGGCAUGAUGCCGCAACUGCCCCGGCUGCCGCAGUACAGCAUGCCUUCGCCUCGGGUCCCGAACGCCGGAGGAGGAGGCGGCGGGCAGCAGCAACCUGUCCCUGACCAAAGCGGGAACCCCUAUGCACCUCGAGGCGAUGGAGGGAGAGGCGGAUCUUAG